CCGUACGUAUCUAGGGUAUCAGAAAAGAAAAAGAGAAAAGGUGGAGAGAAAGAUAUAUGUGUAUCACUACGGAUUUCAACGCAACAAAGUAUAUACAUAUCGAUAGAUGGAUGGAUAGAUGGAUGGAUGAAUGGAUGAAAUAUAUUUAUACAACAUCUUACAAUUCUCAAAUUACAUCGCUCAGUGACACACAUACAACACACACACACCUACAAAUCGAUAACGAACGUAUCUCUGUCUAUCCAUCCAUCUAUCGAUCCAUCCAUCCAUCCAUGUAUCCAUCCAUCUGUUCGACUUUUAUACAACGAUUAUCGACGAUACUUUUUUUUUUGUACAACUACGAUUUAUACCAUCAACAUUAUUCAAUUUUCGUCAACAUUGCACAUAUAUCUUUUCUCGACACUGAGCAAUAGGUGGUCAAACGAUGUACUAAUCCAUUCGUUUUAUUUUUUUAUUUAUCUAUAGUCAAUAUGGCUAGCAAGAUUGUUAAGAUUGCCGGUGCUAAGCCCGUCGAUGAAUUCGAGAUCACCAUUGGACAAGCUCUUGUUGACCUUGAAAACUCUGUUCCUGAAUUGAAGAAGGAAUUACGUCCUCUUAACAUCACUGGUGCCAAGGAAGUUGAACUCGGUGCUGGCAAGAAGGCUAUCAUUGUCUUUGUACCUGUCCCUCAACAAAAGGCUUUCAACAAGAUCCAACAACGUUUGACCCGUGAAUUGGAAAAGAAGUUCUCUGAUCGUCAUGUUGUCUUUGUUGCUCAACGCCGUAUCCUCAAGAAGCCUAGCCGUCACGAAAACCCCAAGCAACCUCGUCCUAGAUCUCGUACUUUGACUGCUGUCCAUGAUUCUAUCCUUGAAGAUCUUGUCUUCCCUACUGAAAUUGUUGGUAAGCGUACCCGUGUCAAGGUUGACGGUUCCAAGACCAUCAAGUGUUUCUUGGAUACUAAGGAUGCUACCUCUUUGGAAUACAAGCUCGAUACUUUCUCUGCUGUUUACAGAAAGUUGACUGGCAAGGAUGUUGUCUUUGAAUUCCCCGCCAACGCUGAAUUGUUCUAAUUCAACCAUUCGCAUUCAUUUUUUACAUGUACAAUCACAAACAACAAACUAGGUAGUUCUCUUCUACUUUUUAUUUGUCAUCUCUUGAUCACUCUGCAAUAAACGAUUGAUUCUUUUUUUACUCUU